GGUCGCUUGAGUGAUAUCCACCAUAUGGUACAUGCCGUUGUUGGUCUCCGUAGCAAGGAUAAUAGCUGUUUGGGAAGAAUAACAGGUUCUUCGUAGUUUUGCUGGUCAGAAACUGGCUCCGUGUUGGAGUGAUUUGCUUCGCCGAGCAGAACGUCAUUAGGACCGACCAACUCGGGACCGUGUCGAUGCCUGUGGUCCGUGUGUCCUUAAAGCAAAGAUAUGUCCUUCUGUGUUUAACGGUCGGUGGCCUCAUUGUGUACCCUCUCACAAGGCAUCCCUCUGAAGUCAGCAGGAACACCCAUAUGGAGGGACUGAGGGCCAACUCCUCUCAGUUCACUCUGGAGGGAAAACCCUUCCGCAUUCUCGGCGGGUCAAUCCAUUAUUUCCGUGUUCCCAGAGCCUACUGGGAAGACCGGCUAUUGAAGAUGAAGGCCUGUGGCCUCAAUACUCUCACAACAUAUGUGCCUUGGAAUCUGCACGAGCCCGAAAGAAGGAAGUUCAACUUCAAGGAUCAGUUGGAUUUGGAAGGCUAUCUGCAGCUUGCAGCCAGUUUAGGUCUUUGGGUGAUUCUGCGUCCAGGACCCUACAUCUGUGCUGAGUGGGAUUUAGGGGGUCUACCCAGUUGGCUCCUACGGGAUGAAAACAUGAAGCUGAGAACAAUCUACCCAGGGUUCACUCAGGCAGUAAACUCCUUCUUUGAUCAAGUCAUUACGAGAGUUGCCCCAUAUCAGUACUCCCAGGGUGGCCCAGUCAUAGCAGUACAAGUGGAGAAUGAAUAUGGCUCCUAUGCUAAAGAUCCUCAAUAUAUGUCUUUUAUCAAAGAGGCUUUAUUGUCUAGGGGCAUCACAGAGUUGUUACUGACCUCAGAUAACCAGGACGGGCUAAAGCUUGGAGGAGUGAAAGGAGUUCUGGAAGCCAUCAAUUUUCAGAAGUUGAACUUGAAUGGCAUCACCUAUUUGGAUGAAAUACAACCUCAGAAGCCUAAGAUGGUGAUGGAGUUCUGGUCUGGAUGGUUUGACCUUUGGGGAGACCUUCACCACCAGUUCCCUGCUGACGACAUGGUAGCUGUGGUGGCUGAAAUCCUAAGAUCGGGCAUGUCAGUCAACCUCUACAUGUUCCAUGGAGGGACAAACUUUGGCUUUAUGAAUGGGGCAUUUGCCAUCGGAACCUCAGCACCUAAACCCAUGGUAACAAGCUAUGAUUACGAUGCUCCAUUAUCCGAGGCUGGGGAUUACACCACCAAGUACCAUCUUCUGAGGAAUUUAUUCAGCCGCUACAACACGGAGCCUCUUCCUGAAGUGCCCUCUGUUCAGGAGAGGCGAGCCCACCAGCCUGUUGUCAUCCAGCAGCACCUGUCACUGUGGGACAGCCUGCACCUCACUGACAAGCCUUUGAAAUCAGAGAGGCCAGUGAACAUGGAGCGUCUCCCUAUCAAUAACAAUAAUGGUCAGUCAUAUGGCUACACGCUGUAUGAGACCACCAUCACCAGUGGAGGAAUCCUCAACUCCAAGAACAACAUCAGAGAUAGAGCAUUGGUUUUUGUGGACAGACAUUUUAUUGGUGUUCUGGAUUAUAAGACCCUGGAGCUUGCACUUCUUGAUGGGAAGGGUCAGAGAAGUCUGAGUUUACUGGUGGAGAACUGUGGAAGAGUGAAUUAUGGGAAAACUCUGGAUGAACAGCAGAAGGGAAUUGUUGGAGAUAUUGAAUUGAACAAGCGCCCCCUUCGAGACUUCGUCAUUCAUAGUCUGGAAAUGAAGCCAGGCUUUGUAAAUAGGCUUCAGAGUUCAGGUGUCUGGAAGUCGAUGCGUCAGAAGCUCUCCUGCCCAGGAUUCUACCAGGCAAGACUAUAUGUCAAUGGUCCUCCGAGAGACACCUUCAUCCGACUUCCUGGCUGGAACAAAGGAGUGGUAUUUAUCAACGGGCAGAAUCUGGGACGCUACUGGUCAAUUGGUCCCCAGCAAACCCUUUACCUUCCCAGCCCUUGGCUUCACAAGGGAACUAACCAGGUGAUAGUGUUUGAAGAGCAGGAAGCAGAUGGUAAGAUCCAAUUUGCCAGUGGGCCCGACUAUGGCAUGACUGUUGAUGUCCAGUGA